UUCAAUAAUUUGAUUGGUUUCAUAUUUAUUGAGACAGUCUUUAUAUUGCAUGUGCUUUAAAUGUUGGAAGAGACAGCUUCUUACAUAGUAAAAGUAACUCUGUUCAAGACACAAUGGAUAAUGUGUACAUGAGUGAGAUGAUGAGCAGUCAUGAUGAUGAAGCUACAAGGACAUCACCUUCAGAAGGGCUGGAAGAAGGGGAAGUGGAAGGAGAGACACUUCUCAUAGUAGAAUCUGAAGAUCAGGCAUCAGUGGAUUUGAGUCAUGAUCAAAGUGGGGACUCUGUGAAUAGUGAUGAAGGAGACCCAAUGUGGACAGAGGAGAUGUCUUACUACUGUGAAAGAUGCCAGAAAUGGAUUCCAGCAAGUCAGGUGAGAGAGCAGAUUACCUAUCUCAAGGGUGAUAACUUUUUCAAGUUUACUUGCUGUGUUUGCUCAGAAGAGGGGAAGGAGCAAUUUGAACGGCUGAGGCUAACAUGGCAGCAAGUGGUCAUGCUGGCAAUGUACAAUCUAUCCCUGGAAGGAACUGGCCGUCAAGGCUACUUUAGAUGGAAGGAAGAUAUUUGUGCUUUCAUUGAAAAGCACUGGAGUUUUUUACUAGGAAACAGAAAGAAGACUUCUACUUGGUGGAGCACUGUUGCUGGUUGUCUUUCUGUAGGAAGCCCUCUUUAUUUUCGUUCAGGGGCCCAGGAAUUUGGAGAACCAGGAUGGUGGAAGCUUGUUCACAAUAGGCCCCCAGCAAUGAAGCCUGAAGGAGAGAAGCUUUCUGCAUCUUCUCUAAAAACAAAGGGUUCAAAACCAUCUUUAGAUCCGAUCAUUACAGUGGAGGGACUUAGAAAGCGAAUGAGCCGCAAUCCAGUAGAAUCUGCCAUGGAGCUGAAAGAGAAAAGGUCUCGCACUCAGGAAGCCAAGGACAUCAGGAGAGCACAGAAAGAGGCAGCUGGCUUCCUGGACAGGAGUACAUCCUCCACACCAGUGAAAUUCGUUAGUCGAAGUCGUCGUCCUGAGAUUAUACUUGAGAAAGGAGAGGUAGUUGACUUUUCUUCCAUGAGCUCCUCUGAUCGAACACCUUUAACAAGCCCAUCUCCAUCUCCUUCUCCGGAUUUCUCUGCUCCUGGAACACCAGCUUCACACUCAGCUACACCCAGCCUCCUCUCAGAGGCAGAUCUUGUUCCAGAUAUAAUGCCACCUCAGGCUCUAUUUCAUGAUGACGAAGAGAUGGACGGUGAUGGUGUCAUAGAUCCAGGAAUAGAGUAUAUCCCACCACCCAGUGUGCCAGUAGGAAUGAUCCGAAAGAAGGUAAAGACAUCUGAGCAAAUUAAGCAAGAGCUGGAGAGUGAAGAAGAAAAAAUAGAAAGAAUAGAAGGUUAUGCUGAAAACCCUGAUAAUACACAUGGAGCCUUUCAGGACCGGGCUCGAGACAAACGGAAGACGCAGCUGAUCCACAAGGAUGUGAAGUCCAAUAUGCCCAAGUACAUGCCUGUUAGUAUCUAUGAAGAAAAGCUUCUUCUGAGGAGCUUGGAAGCCUGCCCGAAUGCUGUGGCCAUGACUCCUGAAGCUUGUAGACUGAGGCGCAAGUUGAUAGUCCGACAGACCAAGCGAGAAAAAGGACUACCCCUAUUAGAUAUGGAUAAUAUUGUGAAUGCUGCUCUUCUCCUAGUUGAUAGGAUUUAUGGAGCCAACGAAGGAAGUGUUGUCUGUUUGCCAGCAAGUUAUGCCGUGUACAGAACUACCAGUCAGGACUUCAGAAUCUUGGAUCGAUACCAGACUAAACUUUCUGCUGUGAAGGGGUUUCGACAAAUGACAACAAAAUUUCUGUGUCGACUUGUAGGCUCAGAAGAUGAGUUGACUGAUCAUAGCAUCAUCAGUCCUUACACAUCUCGUGUCUUGAAACCUUACAUCAGGCGUGAUUAUGAGACUAAGCCCCCAAAACUUCAGCUGCUGACUGAGAUUCGAUCUUACUCACACAAGAAUAAUCCCAGCUGGACUGCUGAGCCAGAGGCACCCAUUGAUUAUUGUUAUGUGCGCCCUAAUCACAUUCCCACUAUUAACUCAAUGUGCCAUGAGUUCUUCUGGCCAGGGAUUGACCUGUCAGAAUGCCUGCAGUAUCCAGACUUCAGUGUUGUUGUUCUUUACAAAAAAGUCAUAAUUGCUUUUGGUUUUAUGGUGCCAGAUGUUAAAUACAAUGAAGCAUACAUCUCAUUUCUGUUUGUUCACCCCGAGUGGAGACGAUCAGGGAUUGCCACCUUCAUGAUUUAUCAUCUGAUUCAGACUUGCAUGGGCAAAGAUGCAACCCUUCAUGUCUCUGCAAGUAAUUCUGCAAUGCUGCUGUACCAAAAGCUUGGAUUUAAAACGGAAGAGUACAUUUUAGAUUUCUACGAUAAAUACUACCCUUUGGACAGUAAAGAAUGUAAGCAUGCAUUCUUUCUAAGGUUGCGACGAUGAUAUAUUGAUUUGCUGGGAGUUCCAUGGGAAAACUACUCCCUGAAAGUAAAGCUGCCAUGACAGAAGACAGAAAUACAAAAACUCAUUUUACUGUAAGGAUGCGCUUGGUUCCCUAUUCUUUGUGAAGAAGCAUUUUGAUAAGCUGGUUGCUGUUACUCCAAACUAUAAAAUAGCAAAUGAUAA